AUCAGGAGCGAAAAAGAAAAAAGGAAAAGAAAAUCAAGAGGGAGUGUACUGUUAAAAGCCCAAUUGUGUGCGUUCCUCAGGUUUUCCCGCGAUCUCUACUCUCAUUCUUCAACCUGCUCCAAUCAAUUUGAUCGGACAACUCCUCGUAGUCAUCGGAGAACUCGUUCUUUUUCUCCCUCGGUGAACGCCAUGGCUUUCUGGUGGACUCUGAUUGUUCUUGGAUUUGCUUACGCGAUCUGUAGGUUGCUCUUGAUGCUUAUCCCUCCGAAUGUGCCUUCAAUCGAAGUUGACGCAUCUGACGUUAUGGACGACGGGAAUCAAACGCAGGAGAAUAGCUACAUCUACAUUCCACCUAGGACAAAGACGCAACAGCAGGACAAGAGAGUCCAGUGUUAUGAACCUGCAACUAUGAAAUACCUUGGCUAUUUUCCUGCAUUGUCACGAGACGAGGUCAAGGAGCGUGUUGCUUCAGCCAGGAAAGCGCAGAAAGAAUGGGCCAAAAGUAGCUUCAAGCAAAGGCGUUUGCUUUUACGGAUCCUUUUGAAGUACAUAAUUGAAAAUCAAGAGCUCAUUUGCGAGAUCUCCUCCCGUGACACCGGAAAAACAAUAGUUGAUGCUAAUAUGGGAGAAGUAAUGGCGACAUGUGAAAAGAUUACUUGGCUUCUUUCAGAGGGUGAGAAAUGGCUGAAGCCUGAGAGCCGAUCAUGUGGAAGGGCAACACUUCACAAGAAAGCCCGAGUAGAAUUUCACCCCCUUGGAGUUGUUGGGGCGAUAGUCCCAUGGAACUAUCCAUUCCAUAACAUUUUCAAUCCAGUGCUUGCAGCAGUCUUUGCAGGAAACGGCAUUGUGGUUAAGGUUUCAGAACAUGCAAGUUGGUCAGGAUGCUUUUAUGUUAGGAUUAUCCAUGCUGCUCUUGCUGCCGUUGGAGCUCCUGAGAGUUUGGUUGAUGUGAUAACAGGGUUUGCUGAAACAGGUGAAGCGCUAGUAUCUUCAGUAGACAAAAUGAUAUUCGUUGGAUCAACUGGUGUGGGUAGGAUGAUAAUGAAAAGUGCUGCGGAGACACUUAUUCCCGUCACUCUUGAGUUGGGUGGAAAGGAUGCAUUUAUCGUGUGUGAGGAUAUAGAUCUGGAUCAUGUUGUAGACAUUGCUCUCAGGGCUUCUAUUACAUCAAGUGGACAUAAUUGUACUGGAGCCGAGAGAUUUUAUGUCCACAAGAACAUUUAUUCUUCAUUUGUGGAUAAAAUAUCAGAACGUGUAAAGGAUAUUACAGUUGGUCCACCGUCAGCUGGGAAAUAUGAUAUGGGUGCCAUCUGUACGCAAGAGCAAUCUGAAAAACUUCAAAGCCUUGUAAAUGAUGCCUUAGACAGGGGGGCAAAAAUUGUUGCUCGUGGAACUUUUGGACAUUUACCUGAAGGUGCCGUUGAUCAAUAUUUCCCACCUACCGUUAUUGUUGAUGUCAACCAUACAAUGAAGUUAAUGCAAGAGGAGGCAUUUGGACCAAUUCUGCCUAUAAUGAAAUUCAGCACAGAUGGUGAGGCCGUGAAGCUUGCAAAUGACUCGAGAUUUGGACUUGGAUGUGCUGUCUUUUCUGGCAGUCAGGAUCGUGCAAGGAACAUUGCUUGGCAGAUUCAUUCGGGAAGUGUUGCAAUCAAUGACUUCGCUACAAAUUAUUUGUGCCAGUCCUUGCCAUUUGGUGGCGUAAAAGAGAGUGGAUUCGGUCGAUUUGCGGGCGUUGAAGGAUUACGAGCUUGUUGUCUUGUCAAAGCAGUAGUUGAGGAUAGGUGGUGGCCAUUCCUUUAUACCAAGCACCCUAAGCUUCUUACGUAUCCUGUUGCAGACAACGCUUUUGAGUUUCAAAUGUCGCUUGUUGAAGCGACGUACGGGCUGAACAUAUGGCAUCGAUUAACAGCAUUGGUCAAUGUUCUGAAGAUGCUGUCAGAGCAUAACACUCUGACUAGAAACAAUCCUAACAUUAAUGGUCGACGUAAGAGAAAUGAUUGAAGGGAAAUUGGAUUUGCAGUUGAAGAUGUAUUAUCCACCUAGUAGGUGUUCUUGGAGGUACUUUUAGAAUUUUUUUCGUCUCUUUCCUUUUUGUGUUUUAGUAGUCUCUUUUUCAUUAGAAACCACAACCACCUAUCACUUUUGAUGUUUGAUCAUGUGAUUUUGGAAGUGCUUAUUACUUGAGCACAUGAGACAAAUGCACUAUUCAAAUGCUCACUAUCAUCAAGCAUUUUAAGGUGCGCAUUUACAUUUUCUUUUUCCAAGAGCACUUUUAUGUUGCUUCUAAAUGAUUGAAAGUGGGGAGUAUUUGGCUAAUAAUGCCAAAAUUCCUUUCAAUUAGGGCACUUUUAUUUUGUAGGUGUUGAUGAUUAUUGUGGGAACAUUUAUUAAUUUUAGUGUUUCGUAAAA